AUGGCAGACCAGAAAGACAACAUAGAUGACUUUAAAGUUCAGACAGCCAAGCACCCUAACUUGGGCUCGGCCCCUUUACGGCCACACAGUGAACAGUCUAAAGACCGGAUGUCCAAAAGGCUUUCUACUGACUCUAAUGGGACCAGUGACGGAGGGGUGGGCUCGUCCACACCGGUGGAGGUGACCGCUUUAGAGGAGUCGUUUCGCCGCUUUGCCAUCCACGGUGAUACUCGCGCUACAGGCAAGGACUUGCACGGCAAGAACUGGUCCAAGCUCUGCAAGGACUGUGGCGUGAUCGACGGCAAAAACAUCACCCUCACUGAUGUGGACAUCGUCUUCAGCAAAGUCAAGAAGAAAUCCUGUCGCACCAUCACAUACGACGAGUUCAGGGCUGCACUUGCUGAGCUGGCAAGAAAGAAAUACAAAGAAAAGACUGGAGAGGAGGCCGAUGCCGAGGUCUUCAAGCUGAUUGAGGGAAAGACGCCCGUCAUUGCAGGAGUCACGGUAUUGUUUCCUCCCCAGGGGGUUCAACAUUUGAAAGGGCUUGAGAGGCUGAUCCUGUACUAUAACCGCAUUCCUUCCCUUGAAGAGGUGAACGUGGUGUACGAGCUGCCAGCUUUGAGAGAGCUGGACCUCAGACUCAACCCUCUGACUAAAAGUUACCCACAAUACCGCCCUUUCCUGGUGCAUGCCAUGCCCAACCUACGCAAACUAGACAGCUGUCCAAUCAGAGACACAGAGCGCAAAGUUGCCAUAAUGCAGUUCUCCUCUGACCUUCUACCUCAGCAGAAGAGCUCCUCUUUAAAUCAGGUUGCUGAGCAAAGAAGCAGUGACCAGAGACUGGCUUUGGUUGACCGCUUAACCAGGAGGCUCUCUCUCCUGACGGCCACCGAUGAUAUUGUGUUGAAUUUUGUUGCGAGGAAUCAUGAAGGGCAAAGUGACACUCAGUCCCACUCGGUUCACAAAGAGGCAGAAGAAUCAAACAACGAAUCCAAUGAUUUCACAGAACUGAGGAGUUCUACUCCAAAACAGGAAUGGGCUAAAUCCAUCCUCAGGAAUUCCCCUACAAAUUAUGAUAACACAGAGUCCAAAGUGCCCAACGUGAAAGAACCAUCUCAUAAAAGAAGCUCUUCCGCAUUUAAAGUGACUGAAAGACCGAAGGUGUCCUUUGGCCCCUAUGUAGAGAAACACAGACCUGUGUCUGGAAAGCAAAAGGACUUCGCCAAGCACACUAGGCAAGCAGCAAAGGGACAUUAUACCCCUAAUCCUGAUCCAAGUCAUCGUCAUAGUUCCUCAUUAGUUAAUAUCCGGCCUCCCAGUCCACGUGGUCCUGGUUUGAAUUUGUCUGACCCCUCCAACCCCAUCUUACAUCCUCCAAGACUGACCUACUCUAGCUUCAAUAAGACAGAAGGGGAAUCCAGCCUGCAGCCACAAGGGGAGAAGAAAAAAAGGGGUGGUUAUAGGAAACCUCUGGAGAUGCUCCUCAACCUCGUGGACAAACACUGGACUGGAGAGCGGUCGCUGCAUCAUAACAACAACUUCCUGUCUCAGGCAGUCCAGAUCCUCUCCAUGAUGGAAAACGAUAUUUCCAGUCGGGAGGCAGAGGUCAAGACCUUAAGAAGGGAAGCUGAUGCUCUGAGCUUUCAAGCGGCUGCACGUGAGGACGAGCACAAAACUGAAGUCCGUAACCUCUCCGAUCAGCUGGAGGAAGCUCGCAGUGCAGUUGCCAAACUUAACGAGCAGCUGAGGAUUGUCUUGGAGGAAAAUGUCGGCCUACAGAAACAGCUCAUCAAGUUGGAACGACAGUAUCUGAAGUCCAUGAUGAAAAGUUCACCAAUCUCUCAGAUUAAAGAGGCCCAGACUGAAGUGGAGGAGCUGAGGAAAGAAAUCGAGGGGUUGAAGGAGAAAGUGCAUGAGUCAGAGAAAGUCAAGGAUUUGUCAAAUAUGUUGCAUGAAAGCCACCGGUCUCUGGUGGCUACCAACAAGUGUUUGCUAGCUGAGCUGAAGGGAAGUGGAGAACUUUAAAGUGGAAUGCACAGUGGGAUAGACAUUUCAAAGCAAGACUUUGCUGAGCGUCAUAUUAGCAUUGCAUUCACUGCACAAGCCCCUGCAGCUACAGACUAUUUUUUUAAAGCUUUUUUAACUUCAUGUCCUUUUUAAUAUGUGUGUAUUAAGUUCCAAGCCCUUUUGAAGAAAAAAAAAUGUGUUUAUUAUUUAAACAGAAAUCUGUACAGGCUGUGUUUGCUUGAUGUAAACAGUAAUGGGCAAAGGCAAUUCAUCCAAGGAAGUUUGUGUAUAAGUCUGUGACAGGGCUGUUAUGUUAAAUGGUUUUAAGGGGGAAAAUGUUAGUGAGAAGGUCAUAAUGUAUUUCCUGGAUCAGUAGCAAGAUUGUGUCCCUCUGCUUUUCCCCUUUCUCUUUUUUGUAGGUCACUUGUGUCUUCUUCUGCUUUGUACGCCGCAGUGGAAUGAAUGCAUCUAGAUUCCAGCUGCACUGUGACUUUAUUUAUAUCUCUGCCUUCGGGCUGGAGAGCUACACACACACACAGAUGCACUUUCCUCUCACAAGCACUAAUGCGAGACCUGGCAAACCAGGUUAGCAUGGGGAUGCCACCACAUAAACUGAAUGUAGCUUGUUUUUAUAAGUUAAUAUUACAGGUUAGUAACACUGAAACAGGGAGUUUCACGUACUCCUGAAAAAAAGCCAUACAAAUAUAAAACAGUGUUUUGACUGACACCCUGAAACAUGCUCAGCAGAGGUUCUGGGGUUGGUUUUUAUUUUAAGUAAUGCACUACAAAUCAUGAACACACAUUAAGAGGUCUAAAGAACAAGAACACACUGCAUGCACCAGAGCAUUAAAAGUUAUUUGCAAAAUACAAAAGACAUUAAAGGUGCACAGUAUUUGGCAUAAAGCACAGAAAACAGGUCAAGCUACUGCAGCAGACACAACUAACACGGUAGUAGCUGCUAGUUUUAAUGCAUGAUUCUUCAUUAGCUGAGGCUACAGGUAGUGUGUGACCAAAACACUGUCACUAUGUUGGACAAAUAUUCUACAAAAGUAUGUCACCUGUUUACUAUUUUCCCUUUCAUCUCAUAUAUCACAUAAGGAUACAACAGCUGCUUUUCUUUUCAGUUGAUUUUGUGCCUUGGAUGACAGUACCCACAUAAUGGGUACUCCUAAUCUUUACCAACAGACACAUAUAUUAACGUUGGAGUGUAGCUGACUUUGUAUGUACAAGUUGAUACAUAUUGAUUUCAAAGCAAUACAAUAUUUUAUCAUAAUCACACAAUUUCACAUCACUUAGUAUUUUUUUGCAGUAAAAUAUUGAAGUCUGUCCAGUAGUCUGUCCUCACAGCAAUAAGAUAUUACAAACUUCUGCUCAUUUAUAUGCUUCUGAAUCAAAUGCAAUAUACAUAAACAUGCACAAAGUACAGCAAUACAGAAAACAACAACAUAUGUAGUUGUGUCAUAAAUUAAGCCAUGUGCCUAAAACUUUUAGAAUACGCAAUCUUACCACAAAUAUAUUAGAACUAAUGUAUAGAAAUCUAAUGAGGAAGUAAAAUGUUAAAAAUACAAUCUUGUACAACUGAGCUCAUGUAAUGUGGUAAGAGCUUCUUAAACUGAAUUCAAAAUGCAUGUUGGCGAAAGAGGAAAUAUAUUAUCUUAGAUUACUUUUGAUUUUUUUAUUGAAGUGUUAUAAUCAGGCAUAUUUAAAAAGGUUUACAUGGAAGUAGUUUAUAUGUUUAACAUAUUCAAAAAAGUACGAGGAUAUGGCAAAAGUCCAAAAUGUUCAGUCUAACAAUUAACUACUUUUUAUCUAAGCAAAAAAACUAGUUUUCAAAAUUCUUAAGAUAUUUUCUUGGUUUGAGCUGAAGGCAAAUAAUACAUAUAACAGUGUGAGCUUCUAAAAUAAAAAAAAUGAACAGCAGGUUAUUUUUAAGACUUAAUAACAGUUGACAAGUGGGGAUGGCAGACUGACAAAUAACACAUAGAUGGAACAAUUUAAGUUUUCAAAAUAAUUCAACAUUGAUAAUAUCUCUGUCAAAAGUGUGCCAAUUCCCAUUGAAACGAUGCCCAACAAAUACAAAAUGCAUUUCUUCAGCUAAAUAGGGGAAUAGAAAAA